GCUAUUCACCCCCCUCUAGCGUUGGGCCUUUAUUCUAACAAUUGGUAUCGGAGCCAUACUCUCUGAAAGACUUAACCGUUUGAGAGAAACGAUCAAUGGCUUCUACUCAAAGUUCAUACGCAGGUUUAGGUGAAGGGCAAUCCACCACGAGGCCUCCGUUGUUUGACGGAACAAACUACACCUAUUGGAAGGAGCGGAUGAGGAUUUACAUCCAAUCCACCAACUUUCUCCUUUGGAGAAUUAUCAAAACUGGUGAGGACGUGCCAAUGAAGAAGUUCGAGGAAACCAACGUCCCUAAGACCGAGAAUGAAUAUGAUGCACAAGACAUCAAGAAAGUGGAAAACAAUGCCAAGGCCAUCAACAUCAUCUAUUGUGCCGUUAACCCGGAUGACUACCGGAAGAUUUCUUGUUGCACCACCGCGAAGGAAAUGUGGGACAAACUAGAAAUCACCUACGAAGGUACGGAUCAAGUCCGAGAAGCUAAAAUUGAUUUUCUAACCCAUGAAUAUGAAUUGUUUCGUAUGAAGGAAAACGAGAAAAUUGAUGAGAUGUUUGUACGAUUCUCCAAAAUCGUCAAUGAUCUUCAUGCUCUCAAGAAGACGUACACGGACAAGGAGCUUGUGAGAAAAGUCCUGCGAAGUCUCACACCGGAGUGGCGCUCCAAAGCCGAUGCCAUUCACGAGUCCAUCGGCAUCACCAACGUCACCAUUGACGGACUUAGAGGUAACCUCAAAACCUAUGAGUCCACCAUUCUAUUCCCUUCUUUAGGUGAACAAAAGAAGAAGGGGAUUGCACUCAAGGCUACCUCAAGUCAAGAACCCGCCAUGGAGGAAUCAAGCGAUGAGGACAACGAGUUCGGGCUCGUCAUCAAAAAGUUCCACAAGUUCAUGCGAAAAGAGUAUGAACGAAAGGGCAAAAAGCAUGGAGGACCACCCAAGUGCUAUGGGUGUGGAGAAGUUGGGCACAUCAAGCCAAAAUGCCCAAAUGCCAAAAACGAGAAGGAGAAGAAACCGUUCAAGAAGCACCGAGCUUACAUUUCAUGGGGAGGUGAUUCCGGCGAUGAGUCAUCGGAUGGCGAAGAGAAUGAAAGCUCCAACCUUUGCCUCAUGGCACACGAGGAACCACCGGAAGAGGCUUAUAGAGUCUUCAACAAACGCACCUUAACCGUUGAGGAAUCUCCUCAUGUUGUCUUUGCCGAAAAUGAUGCUCGCUUGGCGAGAAAGGUUUCUUGUGAUGAUCUUGUAGAUUCGUUGGAGAACAUCUAUCUCAACGACGAUGACGAAGUAGACAACUCAAAGGAAAGCCAAGAUGAAGAAGUAGAGCCACCCAUCCAUAUUUCAUUAUCUUGCGUUCCGCUUGGGCGUUACUCCACAAGACAACUAUUUAGGUAGGAACAUAGUUCCAACUGAUGAGCCGGGCUCUCAGCUCUUGGUCUGGUGUUGGGCGAACAAUAUUACUACAACCGGACCAGGACACCUUUUCACCAUACUUGUAAUUGGCUGAGGCACGUCUUACAAGCAGACUACUUUGGUUAGGAAUAGAGUUCCAAUUAAAUCAUAAAGAUCCAACUCCUGGCUGGAUGAGUGAGUAAAAUCAUCCGACUUGUCAUUGAUGACCCCAACUUACUGCCUCUGAGUCGUCCAUCCAUUUGACCGAGACUCAGUUAAGUCUAACCCAACGUGCGACAGUGACCACGCUAUGGCGGUUCCCGUAACCAGCUUAACAUACACCGUACUAUGCUCUGCUGAGGCUGAGUACAUGACAGUGCACAUUAGCCGGAUAGGUUCCGGGCUUUAGAAGGCAACAGACUUAAUAUUCGUGAGGGAUUUAUAAUUUCGAUCUCACCUAUCGACAUGGUCGCGCACAUGUCCAUUACUAGCGUUCAACAUACAUUCAACAUGCAUUCACAAAACGCAGUAAAUAAACGUGUAAUGAUUGU